CUCAGUUGCAGCCGCCUUUGCGAAAGGUGCUAAAUGACAAUGGAUGAGGAGGGCGGCCGUUGAGAGGGCAAGAGCCUAAGUCGCUCCUGUGGUCUGCCUGCCAACAAACAAGCACUCACGUCUUGCUGAUAUGUUUGUCACUUUGUUUCUAUGAAUCGUGUGUUCUGAUAAACCAGCACCUCUCUUUACCGCCCAGGUGAUCCUCUCCUCGUAUCCUUCUUUCUAGUCAAUCUGCUUCUCAGCAUUCUACAACCGCAUUCAUUCACGCGGCGCAGGGUUCGCGUCUUCUAUUAUUCAUUCGAGUCAUUGACUUCAGUGUUCUUCGAACCUCACCACAUCCUUCAUCUAUCUUACACUGUCCACCAAUCCAAGUUUCUCUCAUCGCAACAUGCGUGUCCCAAUACUCUCAUCCUAAAAUUCUCUCUCUCGAAGACUCUUCAUUUCAGUUUCCACGAAAGGAAAUAAACUAUUUCAAACCGCUUGCUUUAUGUCUUGGACCACCGGCACAAUUCAAUGCCUCGAAGACGUGAGGGUGGCGACCUUUGUGCCAUCUUCAUUCAUGCCGGAGCGGGGUUUCACAGUCGACAGAAUGAAAAAUCUCACCUGGCUGCCGUUAAUGAUGCUGCGUUGGUCGCAAUGGCGAUCUUGAAAAAUGGGGGCAAUGCCACCGAUGCUGUUGAAAUGGCCAUAAGGCUCCUCGAAGAUAAAGAGAUUACAAAUGCCGGCUACGGUAGCAAUUUGACCAUGGACGGUAUCGUCGAGUGUGACGCAACAAUGGUCGAUCAUAUGGGCCGCAGUGGUGCGGUUGGUGCUAUGUCUCAGGUCAAGAACCCCAUCGCGGCAGCCCGACUAGUCCUUGACGAAUCGAUCAAGCCUUUAUCGCUUCAACGCGUCCCACCAAAUCUUCUUGUUGGAGCAGGAGCUACUGAUUUUGCUCACGACAAAGGUCUUCCUAUACUACCACCUGACUUCCUUGUGUCAAACAACGCUCGCGAUCGCUGGCUUCGGUGGAAAAGAGACCUACAGGACGUAGAAGACAGGUCUGCCAUGAACCAAUCUCCAGAGCAGAGAGUUGGGGGCAGGCUGUUAUCGAUUUCUCCCAAGUCUAGCAGAGCCUCUGCAACAACCCAGACACCUUCCCUUGAACGACGACCGAGUCUACCGUCUCACUCCACAUUCAUCGAACCCGAUCAAGACGUGCCCACCAGUGUUAAAGCACUCGCUAGUAGCCGAGCAGACGACGAGGCAGGAGGCAUGAGAUCAAGCAGAAGAGCGAUCCCGCGUUCAGAAAUUGAAGACGACAAUGACUCUGGCGUCGAUGACAGCCUCCAAUGGCUGGCAUCCCCUCCUAAGCGGCAGAAACUGAGUGGCCGGUUCGAUGGACUGACGGACGGCCAAAAGGUAUUACCGACUUCAGGACCAUGUCCGACAACUGGCGAGCAUGACGAUGGAGAUGCAGGACGAGAGGACGAUAUUACAGACACUGUUGGUGCCAUUGCAAUCGACUGCUUCGGUCGACUAGCUGCGGGCUCGUCUUCAGGGGGUAUAGGAAUGAAGCACAAAGGCCGAUGUGGCCCAGCAGCGCUUGUAGGGGUCGGGACUGCAGUUAUCCCUGUCGACCCAGAGGACAUUUCCCACACGGCUGUCGCCACAGUGACGAGUGGCACUGGUGAACAUAUGGCAACUACAACGGCUGCGGCUACAGCAGCUGAACGGGUUUACUCUUCGAUGAGAAAGAAAGACGGACGUCUCGAGCGGUGCAACGAGGACGAAGCACUCUACGCUAUGAUCACGCGAGAGUUUAUGCAACACCCAGGAGUUGUCAACAGUCCUUGCCUUGGUGCGAUUGGGAUUCUGGCGGUCAAGAAGACCCGAGACGGAAUCUACUUCUAUUUCGGACACAACACAGAUUCCUUCGCACUAGCGUCAAUGCAUUCCGAAGAACGCAAGCCUGUUUGCACCAUGUCACGAAGCAGGGGCAACGGCUCAGUGGCACAAGGUGGACGGGUGGCACGUUCCUGGAUGCCAUGAUUUUCCAAUGUUGAGGACGAACCAGCCACGGACAAGAACAGAGUUGCCUUUCGGAAACAUCGAUGUCGAUACAAGCUGCUCCAGAAACCGAUUUUGUGAGAGUAUGGAGAAUGAGUAAAGGGAGGAGAUGAUCAGAAUAUCCACGAAGCCGGUGACGCCCUAGAGAUACACCACACCCACGAUGAAGCUGAACAGGCGGUAAAGGGUGGACAUAUCACCAGGCAGUCCUAAAUAAUCCUCUUGAAACGCGAGGUACCUAAGUAAC